ACCCAUGAACUACAAACGCGCAGGCGCACUGUGUUGACCUUCCGUGGAUCUUAAGCAAGCAUGGCUGCCCGGGCACUGAUGAGAGGACUUUUGGGGUCACUCCACUCACGGACCGUCACAGUCGCAUACACCGGUGGACAUCACUAUGCCACGGAAGCGUCUGUUAUGUCACCACAACCCCAGAUGGACGAUUAUACAGAAAAAAUAUUGAACGAGCCCCUUCAGAAGCCGGACUUCUUCCGUGUGUCUGAGCUCUUCUCGUUGAACGACUUAUUCGACGCCAGAGUGCAUCUUGGUCAUAAAAAAGGUUGCAGGCACAGGCUGAUGGAGCCUUAUCUCUAUGGCUGCCGUUUGGGUCAUGAUAUAAUUGAUCUCGACCAAACUGUGGAACACCUUCAGCAAGCACUGAACUUCACUGCUCAUGUCGCGUAUCGCGGUGGUGUCAUACUGUUCAUCAGCCGCCGGCGUCAAUUUGGCCACCUGGUAGAGCGCACUGCUAAGUAUUGUGGGGAGUACGCGCAUACGCGGUACUGGCAGGGCGGCCUCCUCACCAACGCCAACAUCCAGUAUGACGCAGGGGUCCGCUUACCGGACCUCAUCAUCUUCCUGUCAACUCUAAACAAUGUGUUUCAGCAGCACGUGGCUAUCCGAGAUGCAGCCAAGAUGAACAUCCCCACGGUGGGUGUGGUGGACUCAAACUGCAACCCCAGCCUGGUGACGUACCCGGUUCCUGGAAAUGACGACACUCCAGCCGCCAUGGAGCUGUACUGUCGCCUAUUCAAGAUGACUAUCAACCGCGCCAAAGACAAAAGGAGACAUAUGGAGAUUCUUCAAGGCAUGCCAGCACCCUCCACACCAAGCUCGUGACAUGAAUAAACAAACAAGAGACAAUAAAAAUGCAUUUCCUAAAAAUGGGACUGUCUGCUGCUCCCCUUCGAUAUGCAUCUGCACUUGGAAAACAUCUGCCGUGUGUUGACUGUUCAGUUCAACCAGCUGCACUGCUGUCUUCUGUUAAGACUCAUCAGUGAAUCUCGCUCCUGUGACAAGGUUUUCUUGUUCUAAUUUAACUUUUUUUUUUUUUACAGUUACGUUGUCUAAAUGUUACCAAUGCAUACAUCUGAUAUAUUUGUGACUGCAUUUACAUGGACUGUCAUAAUCUUAGUAAACAUUUGAAAGUGAAAAGCCAUUUGUCUUGCUGUUGCCUAACACAAACAUUAACUCACACAUUCUGUUGCCUGAGCCUGUCUUUGUACAAAUCUUUCCAAAAAGUGCUGCUUAUAUGUUGUAAAUUCAAUACAAUAAAUGGGAGCACAUGCAAACUAUAGCCAUUUGGUCACUGCAGCAAUGAAGAACCUGUUAUGAGGCCUUUUCUAGAUGGACUUAUGUGUUAGUCAGGAAUUGUAAAAUUUUACUCAAUUACUAUCACAAUCACAUUUGAGUAUCUGUAACUGGAGAGUCUUUGCAUAUUGGCUUCUGAUUUCCAGCAUUAACAUCAAACAAUAAAAUGGUUUAAGACUGAAAGAAAGUCAAUCAGCUAUUGGACAGGCUAACAGUUUCAACUCUAAUUGUUAUAUUGCAGUGCAUGUAAAUGUCGUGUUUGGAUAUGAUUUUAAUUUCCAUGAGCAAAAAUAGCCUCCUGUGCAAAAGGGCAGUCACGUGGUCCGUAUGAUAGACAAGCCGUGUUCUCCACAACUCAUUAAAAUAUACUUAAAAGCA